AUGCAGCGCGGCGACUUGCUUUAUCCGACCACCAACGGCCUUGCCUCCGUGCUCGACAUCGCGGGCGUCCUCGUUGGGAUCAUCCAGUGUAUGCCUGUGUGCAACGACUGCAUCUCGCUGGUUACGGCGCUGCUGGCGGGCUUGCCCGCGUCGACGGCGCUUGUCGGCGGCGUGCGCUGCUCGGGCGCCUGGCUCGUCAUGGUGCGCCACCAUGCUCUGCGGCCGGCCACGCUGGCUCCCUCGGCCCUCGACAUCGCGGGCGUCCUCAUCAAGAUCGUUCAGUUUACGCCUGCGCGCCAAGACGUCGUCUCGCUCCUUAGGGCGCUACCAGCGACGACGAUGCUCUCACCCGCGCUGACGGCGCUGUUGGAGCACUUGUCGGCUCAUUGGCAAUAUUGGCCCGUGCUGUACCUUUCCGCCUCCUCCGAGAUCGACGCAAGUGUGGUUGCGGUCUACAGCCAGGUGACACUCCUGAGCGGCGGCUGCCGGUUUCCUUCCCCGCCCUUCAGGCCAGCACGUGACUACGAUGCCGAGUACAAGGCCUUCGAAGACGCCAUGCACAAGUGGGCCUCCAAGUUGACGAUCUUCGACGGCUCCGACAUGCAGGCUGGCCAGCACUACCGCAUCGAGCUGCAUCGUGCACUGGCUCGCUGCACACACUUGAAGACGGCGAACCUGACGACCGACCAGCCGCACCUUCUCGAGGCCGUCACGACACCAAACCAUCGCGUCUCGACGCUCCGGCUCACACCACGCGAGCAUGCGACGGUCCCUGCCCUUCCGCUCGUCGCGCCGCUGGUACGCUGGUUGACGUCUGGCCAUGCUCGCCACUUGUCGCUGACUCGAUUUGAUCUUCCGACGGACGCGGGUCUGGGCCACGCGCUGGCCACAUCGCCGGGCCUCUCCAGCCUCGA